CCUUAUUGGGCGUGGGCUACUACAGUCCACAUUUUAGUCGUGCUUAAGUUGCAUUGCGUAGAGUAUCUUAUUUGACAUUUCAAUGAGUUAAACAGGCAAGAGAGUCACGGCACGAUCCCUGCCAUCGUGAGUUCUAUGUAUUUAGAUACAAUACAUGAUUGGGAAACAACUUUAAUUAACCAGUUCGCCAGCAUACAUCGAAACAUCUCUCCGGGACUGUAUCACUUUACUUAACAAAAGCAGGUGUUCAGAGAAGCAGCGAGUUCAUCACCAUGUUCAAGAAAAAGAGCUCGAAGAACAGCGUGACUAUUACGGAGAAAAAAGCGCCUGUUUCAGAGCUCACAGCUGUGGUAGACAUACUCCAGAAGAAUGCUGACAGAGUGGAAAAAAACAUAUACGAACUGGAACAGAAUCUGAACAAGGAUGUGACUAAGAUCAAUGAAGGAAAGGCACCCCUAUACCAGGAUGAGAAUAACAGGAAGAUCCAGAAUUCCUUGGAGACCCUGAAGAACCUAGAUGAUGACAUUGCAGAAGCAUUUCGCCUCAGUCACCCACAGGCAGAGAUGAUCAAGGAUGAUAUCAAGCAGCUGCAACAACGAGUUAUGAAACUUUGUGAGGAGUAUGAGAAAAUUUAUGCGGUUACGACACGUCCAGAAGGACUUCCCACUGUUGACUGGGGAAAGAUAAUUGAGGAAAAACAGGAGAACCUCAACAACAAGGGAUUCGGGAGUGAUCUACCUACUGUGGAAAAUCAGGUGGAAGAGCACAACAUUUUCCACUGUGAAGUGGAAGCCUUGGCCCCUCACAUAACUGACUGCGAUGAGGACUAUGCAAGUACCCUACAGGUGAAAUAUAACAAACUUCUGGCCAGCUCUGGAACAAGGCAGCAGAACCUGUUCAGUCUAAGGGACUACAUGAUGCGCUGCACGAAUGAGCUCUACUGGUUGGACCAGCAGGCAGAAGAGCGCAUCAACUACAACUGGAGUGACACCAACCUGGACUACCUUUCUCGAAAGAGGCAGUAUGAGAACUUCAUCAGUAAAGGUCUUGAAGCGAGGGAGGCCAGUAUCACCAAGCUCAGCGAUGAUGGGGAGAAACUGUUAGCUGCAGAUCACCCUGGGAGGAAUGUCAUUGAGGCACAUAUGGAAGCUGUACAUGCAGACUGGAAAGAAUAUCUCAACUUGCUCAUUUGUGAGGAAAACCACCUCAAACACAUGCAAGAGUACCACAAAUAUCAUAAAGAUGCUCGGGACACUGAGGAUAUGCUGAAGAAGCUGGAAGCUGAGUUUAGCCAGAAGUACAACCCUGAGUUUAAAGACAUGUACCAGAUAGAGGGUUUAAUUUCUGGCCUGGACGACCAGGUGAGGGCCAUGGGUCAUUAUGAUGACCAAGUGAAAGACCUUCAGAAGCGCAGUCUGCAGGUGCUCCCACUGAAAUUCCGCAGGGAGACACCCGUGGAGCCCAUCCCUGUGGAAGCCUUGUGUGACUUCAACACCAUUGAUGGUCAAGUUGUCCGUGGAGGGACGUACACCCUUCUUAAGAAUAAUGGCAUCAAAUGGGAUGUUAAAGAUUCUUCUGGAAACAAAUUAUCUGCCCCUGCUGUGUGCUUCAUAAUCCCCCCAACUGAUCCUGAGGCAAUCGCUGUUUCUGAAACCAUUGCUAACAAGCAGAAAGCUGUCAAGAAACAGGCUUCCAGUCACAAGGAUAUACUACUGACACGACUGGAGGAUCUCAAGAAAGAAAUCCAUAGUGGCACUGAUGAGCUAGAGCAACAGUGUCGUCAGCUGAUGGCAGGUCUGGAAAAAGUGACCAGUGAUCUAGACAAGCAGGAAAAAGCCAUUUAUACUUGUGUGCGUCCCCCGCUUGAGCAGAUGCGAGCUCUGCAAGACAAUGCAGAUCGACUGCAGGAGUUUAAGGAAAUUAAGGCUAUUGUUCAAAAAAUUGAGCCUGAAAAAUCUUCCAAAAUACAAGAAGCACAGACAUUCCUGGCCACUAACCCUGCAUGUGCCAGUGCUCCUCAGCUCUUCACCAAAGUGGAUGAAGCCACCAAAAAAUACAACAAAGUCAACUUGCUACUUGCUUGCUCCGAGGACAAACUUGUGAAUUCCAACCAGCUUGAGACUUCCCUGCGAAAUGGAAAGAAUGUGCUGUCUACCUUUGAGAAUACUCUGGUUAGGGAAGAAGUUGCCCCAUCUAACCUGAGUGCCCUGGAAAAAACACAAGAAGAUCUUUUGGAAAAUGGCAUUGAGCUGAAAUCCAAGAAAUAUGCCGUCUCCGAGACUGAGGAGAACCUUAAGGCUGCCAAGACCAGUUGUGAGAAUAUGGCGAAUAAGCUGCAGGAGCACUGUCCAGACAUUGAGAGGCAGGAGGCUGAGGUCCAAAAGUUAAACACGCGCUUUGACAACCUCAGCAGACAGAUCGACACCAGGGCUCAGUGUCUACAAAGAGCCAAGACAGGAUAUAUCAACUAUCGCAAUGAUUAUGAUGAUCUGAAUACCUGGCUGUCUCGAGUGCCAAACUAUGAACCACAAGAAACUGACGAUGUCAAACAAGUGGAAGUGAAAAUGAAAAACCAAAGAAAUCUGCUGUCAGAUAUCGCAAGAAAGGAGGUGGACUUGAUCAAUAUGUCAAAAAAUGCACAGAUGUAUCAGCAGGCAAUUAAGGAUUAUGAAGCUGAAACAGAGAAAUUUAAAUCAAUACUUGAUUUUGAGGAUGGCCUUGUUCCACAGACAUACAAAAAAAGCAGACUGGAGUCCCCGGCUAUAAAAGUAAAAGACGAGGAAUCUGCCAUUGAGGCAAAAUUUACUGAGGUUAAUGCUGUAAACAAGCAGAGACUACAGAGCCUUGAGUAUGCGCUGAGCCUUCUGAAUCAGCAGCAAGAGGUUCCCAUUGUACAACAGAGUGUAGAGUCUGACAGUUCAGCAGUCCCAGGAGCAGAGCCUUGGAGGAUAAAGAAGCAACUGGAAGAUGAGAUUCAACGUAGAGAGCAACUUGAGAAAGAAAUUGAAACUGUUCAGACUGAUAUUUAUGUGCUGGAGGGCCAGAAACCAGAAGACGUAAUUCUCAAAAAAGAGGUGGUUAAAAAGCUCCCUGAUCCAGAGUUGGAUGAAGAUCUCAACAAAGUUCAGCAGAAGCUGUCUGAGGAACAAAGAUCAACACGGGCCCUGGAGAAUGAACUGGAGGCACUCCGUGCAAAAUUAUGUGUGAUAGGAAAGGACAAGGAGGAGAACGCUCAGCAUUUUAUUGUUAAAGAAGUGGUGCGUAUUGAAAAGGACAAGGACCAAGAGGAGGAAAUUAGGAGGUUGAAGGACGAGUUGGAGGAGUUGAGGAGACAGAAGACCAUUAAAGAGAAUGAAAUAGUCAAAAUUCGGAGUCAGGUAGAAACGCUGGGGCAGGAGAAGUCAAAGGAUCAGGAAGUAAUCAGAGAGGAAGAGGUUAUUAAGGUGCAAAAUGACCCAGAGCUUGAGAGUGAGUACAGAACACUGCUUGAGAGCAAACAAAAAGAGCUUGACAGCAGAAGACUACUUGAAGAUGAGCUCAGGUUCCUUCAGGAGAAAUUGAGGAGGUUGGAGAAGGAAAGGUCUAUGGCUGAAGAAAAGAUUUUAGUCAAAGAGAUACUCAAAGUUGAAAAAGACAUCUCGUUUCAGAGAAAAGUAGAAAACCUCAGAAGUCAGCUUGAAGAUGAGAAAGCAAGACAUAGGUCUUCACAAAGGGAAAAAUCUGAUCUUCAAAGGAAGAUUUCAAGCUUGGAGGAAGAGAAAUCAAAGGUCAUUAUUCAGGAAAAAAUGCGUGAAAUUGUUAGGCCUGAACCAAAGGCUGAAAACGAAGCGGCUAAUCUCCGUCUUGAUCUGGUUGAACAGCAGAGAAGAUACAGGGAUACAGAACUCCAGCUGAAAACUCUCCAAGAUGACCUGAAUUUACUAAGAAACAAAGGGCCACAAAUAGAGGUCAAAGAAGUCAUCAAAGAGAUCAUCAAGUACAAGACAGACCCAGAGACCGAAAGGGAACUGGAACAACUCAGGAAUGAAAUCGUUGAAAAAGCCCACCAGAAUGAAAAGUCUGAGAUGGAAAUCCGGCAACUAAAGGAAGAGAUUCAAAGAUGGAAAGACACAAAUCCCCAGGUGCAGGUUAAGGAAGUUGUAAAUGAAGUCAUGCAGUAUCGUGAAGAUCCUAAAACCCAGGAUGAGGUGGAAAUCCUCAAGAGAAAACUGGCAGAAGAACAGAAGAAGCGUUUGGACCUGGAGAGGGAAAAAUCAGCUCAUGAGGAAAAAAUCAGAAUGAGGAAGACUGACCUUUCCCAGGUAAAAGAGAAAGUCAUUGUCAAAGAGGUUGUUAAAAUGGAGGAAGACCCACUUCUAAAGUCUGAAUGUCAAGCCUUCUCUGAGAAUAUAAUUAAUGAGCAGAAACAGAAGGAUAACCUCAAAGAUGAGCUCAGCAAGCUUCGGCGUCAAAAAGCUGAUUUGGAAAAUCAAUUGGAAGAGCUUGAGCAUGAACGAAUGACCCGGCUAGAGGCUGAGAGAGAAAUCUUGAGAAUGAGAGCCCGCCUCAAUGACCUGGAAGCCAGGGACAAGAAAACCAUGGAAAAGGUAACUGUACAGCAAAAGGUGGUCCUUCAGCAAGAUCCUCAACAAGAAAAGGAGCAUUCCAUACUCAGAUUGGAACUUCAGGAGGAGAGGCACAAACGAAUGUUGCUGGAGGAAGAGCUGAAUGCUUUAGUACAAAAACAGGCCAAUUUGGAGAAGAAGGGUGUGCAGGAAAAAGUGGUAUACUCUGAAAGGGUUGAAGUGGAGAGAGAUCCUGAAACACUUUUGGAGAUCAACAGGCUCAAGAGUAGCUUGGAUGAUGAAAAGAAUCGUUGCAACAAGUUGAACCAGCAGCUAAAAGAUUUAAAUUCCAGAUUGUCUAAUAUGGAGUCUUCCAACACAAAGUCCCUACAAGAGCUAGAACAAGUGAGAGAAGACAGUACUACCCUGGAAAAGGAGAAUCAACGGCUACAGAAUGAAAUUAGGAGACUAAAAGCAGAAAACCGUAUUACAGCAAAAGAGACGAAGCACAUUGCAGAAUCUGAACCAUUUGAGAAUGGAAACCUGGAAUUAAGACUGGUCUCCCUUCAGAAGGAGCUGUCAGAUCUGACGAGCGUCACAAAAGAAAAAGAACAAGAAAUUGAGACACUUAAAAAGACUUUAACUACCAAGAGGGAACAGAGGGAGAGUCAUCUUCGACGCUCUGUUAUCAUUAUUGACCCAGACACAGGCAAGGAAAUGAGACCAGAAGAGGCAUACAAACUGGGAAUCAUUGACAGCAAACUGUUUGCCAACCUCCAAGGCCAGGAGUGUGACUGGGAGGAGAUCUCAGUCAAAGGUCCCAGUGGAGAGUCCUCAGUUCUUCAUGACAGGAAGUCAGGUCAUAAAUUCUCCAUUGAAGAUGCAUUGAAGGCUGGCACCAUUACACAGCGUCAACUGGAUAGGUAUCUUAAUAAAGAAAUAACUAUCCAGGAGUUUGGUCUCAUGGUGUCUGGCCGAAGAAAAUAAGAAUCAAGAUUGUUUUCCUUUACAGGCUAAUUUUAUUAAUCACCUUGUUCAGUUGUAUCCUUUUUCAGUUUUACUUUUGAUUCUGCUUUCAGGGACUUAGGGGACUGCAUAUUUAAUGAUGUAUAGAAGUAUAAGGAAAUCAUUUUUCUUAGAGGGCAUUCACAAAGUUACUUCUCAAGUUUUUAAAUUUUCAAGUUAAAGACUUGCAUAAUAUUGAAACAUGGCAAUACUGCAAUGACUUUAAUACUGGAUAUUGAAAAAAGGGCUUAAUUAAAGGCUUUCCUGCUGACUAAAGGAUAUUCCAUGCAGUUUACCUUAAAGCUCACUAACUUAGCAAUGUACACAACAUUUUAAUCAUCCAUUUUAAAUACAUGUAUCAUUUAUAAAGUUGUUUUUUUUUUUUAUAAACAAACUUUAUAAAUGCAAAGUGGUGAAACAGGUAAAAGGUCAAUUGUUCUAUAUUUUAGAUUUAACAUGAACAAUUUCAUAGUAUAACAUCCCAUUUGAAAGAUUCAAGAUAAGAGAGUAAUAAACAAACAGCAGGAAAGAAAUUUGUUCUUAACUUGACAAGAUUCCGGUCUUCUGUAAGCUCUGUCUACUACAGCAAUAUAUUUUCUUUUUGAAUAAAGACAAAUUAUGGUAGUCUG